CAUGCAUUGCGUUUUUUGUUAAUAACUGCGAGAGGUUCUUUCGCAGAGAAAGAAAUGAAAUUUCUUUGCUGCAAAGGCUUCUAUUUCCUCUGUCUUUUGAUAUUCUACGGAUUUAGCUCAGUAUAUGCUAUAAGCGUGGAUGUUGAACAAGAUUCAGGUUUGAAAGUGCAUUUUACGUUUUAGCGGGGCUCCAUGUUAUGGCGGGCAGUUACAGCUUCCAUAUUAUUUUUUUAAGUCGGUGUGAUCUCAUCGUGGGAUAUUGUUUUGGUUUAUGGAACAAUGCUUUGCUUAUUCAGACGCGGAACAGACUGUCCUGUGCUUACUCACUCGUAGGAGACAGAUCAACAAGCUGUGAAAAUCGAAUGACCUACUUUUGUAGGAAUUUUCUUUCGCUUGUUGUUAACUAAGCUUGUUUUUUUUAUUGUAAUUUCCAAUCCCACUUUUUAAAUUGUUUAAGCUCAUUUCUCUAAGUUUUAAGCUUUUCAGAGAAACUUUUUAAAUUCUUCUCCCUUCAAAGCUAAUCGAAUCUAGUUCUAGCUACAUAGCAGAAAUAUACUAUUACAAGUUUGGUCUUCUAUGAUCUCACAUUUGAGGUUCAUAAGAGUUUAUGUUUCACUAAGUGAAAAGCAGAUAAUUUUUUAUCAGCAUUAAUAGGUUUUAGUCCCAUUGUUUUAAUAAUAUGGUAUGAGCAAAUUAACACUAUACUAGUCUUAACAUUAAUCUCAAAUUGGAGAUUCAUUAAUGCAAUUAAAAAAAUAAGAAAAGGGAAAUAAAAACAACAGAUUAAUGAUAAUGACAUCUAUCCAUCAUAAAAUACAGCUGUAGAUGUGAAAUAGUAACUUUCACCUCAGUAAAACUUCCAAGUUUGCAAUUUUGUUCUGAUGUCUCAUAAUAAGAUUCUCUUCGACUAGAAAUUGGUCAAUGUUCAGAUGAGAACAACUGAGGAGAGGUACUCUCCAUCUCCAAUUUUUGUCUUUUAUUAUCCUAAAUUUUAUUUUUACUUAUAGUAAUUCACCUAAUUUCUUUGAUCAGAGGGAAAAGAGAGAAGAACAAGCUUGACUUUUUCAUAGAAACAUACCUGUACGACAGAUCACUGUAUAUAUCUUUCACUUUAUAGUUCCUAUGACUACUCUUGUUAUCUAGGUCUAUCUAGAGCGCACUUACUCUUUGAUCCGAUCUUGGUUUGCUGAUGGCUGUGGGGAGGGAGAUAAAAACCAUCUUGUAAUGACAUCAAGAUCUUCCUGUCAGUCAUAUCCAAGAUCCAUUGUAAAAGAGAUAGCUAGAAGAAUGUGGAUGAGCUUAAGAUUGCAUGGUCCAGUUUAUAGAUGCAAUGUCAAGACGUUGGUUUUUACUGAAAUAUUUACUUCAGGUCAAUUGAAGUUUUCUUAAGUUAAUUAGUAAUUAGAGAAGGUAAACAGUUUGAAUUCUUAAUCACCUUUAAUGAUGUACCAUUGGCCCAUGCUAUAUUUUGUUUUCAGUUCAAUAAUUUUAAAUCCUUUCCACCUGUUACUUUUGUCUCAGUUUUAUACUGAUGAUUAUGCCUUUGUUGGUGAACACAGAAAAUAAAUCCAGUGUUGUGUUAAUAACUUCAAAGUGUUUUAUUUAAGCUUUAAAUGCUCUGUCAUUAGUUUGCAAGAAAAAUUAAUUAAUCCUGAUGGGAGAUAAUUUGAAACCAUGCAUUGGUACUGGAAAGUAUCUUGCUGUUGUUUUCAUCUAAAUUGUCAUGCUUGAAUAAGAUUUCUUCUUCAGAAUCAAAUUUUGGAUGGCUUCAUACAGUGGGUGACAUCACUUUAAGGCUUAAGCUUGGCGGUCAUAAGCGUCAUGUUUCCAAUAAAAAAUCGAAUAAAGAAAAGUGUCAGGCUUUGUAGGAAUAGCAAAAUCUACAAAAUAAACGUGAAGACUUGUUUCACAUGUUCAUUUAAAUUCCUGCUACCUCAUGUGUAUAAUCUGCUGUUUAAAGUGUUUCUUAUUGAGGAAUUGAAGAGUUAUUUUAAAUAUUUAUUAUGACAAGUCAAGCCUGCCCAGCCAUGUGAAGCAUUAAGGCUAGACUGAUCUCAAACUCAUUAUCUCAUAUGAUUUACUGUGAUUUUGCUUCUCUUCAAUUACAUCACGUGCAUGGCUUUGAUCAUUUAAAACUCCAUCAUUUGUGCUGCUUUGCUGUGUUGUGGAAUUGUAACAGUUAAAUUUUUCAACAUUAUUUUGAACUGCUGUAUUUUUGAAAAGAGAACUAUCAUUCACAACUUUUAAUUUCAAAGCAAAGCGGUGUAUAAGGGAUUUUCCACUGAAGUGGAGGUAAAUGGUAGUGGAUAUUAUAAGGAGGCAUGAAGUUGCGAAGUAAUUAUCCACCACUUCUACUGACAAUGAGGUGAAUUUACGGCUCAUAAUGAAUAAUAUUGUUUUUACUUAAUUACACUGUAUUACACAACCUGACUAACUAGUAGACCAAAAAUUACUUUAUUUCAGUCUGUCAGAUGUGCAAAUGCAUAUUAAUGCUCACAAAGUCAAACCUAACUCAGGUGAUACGUGGUGAUCAAGGAAAAAAAAUGUAGGAAACAAAUGACUUCAAACAUUCCAUGAUCUUGAUUAAUGAAAUUCCAGUGCUUUUGGAUCCAGCGUUCUGACAACAACGAGCAAAGUGCAAUUCAAGUCUUAACUGUUUUUGUUUGUCUUCGGCUUCUCGGAGGUGACUAGUACUAUAUGGCUACUAUGAACUAGUGAAUCAGUGUGCACUACACUAAAAUUAAUGUGCUUUUCACUUGUGUGGUAUAUGUUAAUUUAUUGUAAGAACUGGGGACAAAAGAUGUCAUAUUGUCUUUAUUAUGAAAAGAUUAGCCAUGGAUGGAUUCUUGCAGUGAUAUUUUGUCUUUCCCUGAAACUGCAGUUUGCUGUUCUAUGUCUUCUAUGGUGUGGUAAAUUCUCCUUUCAAAUAUUUAUCUGCAAAUUUAAAUGCGAUGAAUGAAUAAAAGUAAAAUGCAAGCCAGAUAAUUGAUACAAAACUUUGAAGCUUGUCAGUAGUCUCAAUCGAGAAAGUUGUCUGAAGAGAGUGUAGCAGUAGCAUAAUAUUCAUAUUUUUUGUCCUCUUUUUUAGGUUCACUGCUUUGCAGAAAAUGUGGUCAUGACAUCACCACUGCUGUCCAUCUUUAUAACAAAGCUAGUAAACUUGCUUUGAGACAGAGAAAUGACACAAUACUUGGAGUGCAGCAGCGUCUUAUUCAGCUAUUCAAGAACCCCCAUGGUACUCUCAUUUACGCCAUCGUUUUCCUUUACCACCGUCAAAUCAUAAGCAGUGCCAGAUCCAGAGCUUGAGAUGGGGGGGGGUCAUUCAGACCCAGGGGAGCGGUCUCAAAAAAACUCUUUAACGUCCCUUUGGGCCUCAGUUUGGUCUAAAAAUGAGGGGGGGGGGGGCUCUGGGUACUUCCUCUGGAUAUGCCACUGAUAAGUGACCACAAAAAAUGCCAAGAUUGUGUUCACUUAUUAGGAAAGGUUCCAAAUUUCUUUGACAAAGGAGAUUUCUUUUGGUAUUUUAGACACUGUAUCAGGACACUUAAUAUGAGAAGUGGUACCUUACAGUUACAAGAGUGAUUGUUGUACUUUGAUGAGUUUGGAUGUGGUUUAAUUCAUGGAUAUUAUUUUUGUAUUGUGCGUUUUUUAUAUGUCUCUCAUGAAGUAAAAAUGUUGUUUAAAUUUCAAUUUUUUCUGAUGAUCCUUCUUGUUCUGAAUGCCCCUUAUCCUUUCACUACUAUCAAUAAUAAUGUCUAACUUAGAACAGUGGUUACAAAGCACUGAUUUGCAUUAUUUGAUAGCACACUACUCUGAUCUGGAGACUCUAAGGCAGGAGAAAGCAGCAAAUAUUUUGUUAGCCACAUGGUUUUCCUGUAAAAUGACAUCUAAUAAGGAACAAGCACAGAAAUUCCGUACUGUUGAUGUGUCACUACCCAGAUAGACUGGGCUAGUAUCUUCGAUUGGUGAAAGCAAAUUUCCCAUGCGGCACAACCAAACAGAAGCUCUACCCAGAUUUGGGUAGUGAUACAUCAUCCGUAUGGAAUUUCUGUGCUCAUUUGCUCAAACUUCAUUUCUCAUUAGUGAAAGCAAAGUUUUUUAAAUAUUGGGAGAGCCACACUUUUGCUCCUGGACUGGGUCGCUGAGGAUGAAGCAAAUCUGCAAAGAAUGAUUCAUCACUGAUAUUUUGUUCUCAAUGUUUUCAACAGGUCAGCAUUUUGAGCUGAUAACAGCCACCACUGCAAAUAUCAAAAGCCAUGGUGAGGUAGGCCAUAAGCAGUGGAAGGCCUUAGUUUAACCUCUUCUGACUUUUAAAUUUACCUGUACACAGUAUACUUUUUUAAAACGUCUGCAGUUGUUAAAUAGGCUUUGUUAUUGUGGUUUGGUUGUAGGCAUUUGAAGAGCAUUCAUGGUUUCCUGGCUAUGCUUGGCGCAUAGCGGUAUGUCCUCGGUGUGGUUCCCAUAUGGGAUGGUAAGCUGACUCACUCUGUGUCCCUUUAGCUUGUGAAAUCAUUGCUCUCAAACUAGAAAGAGGCAUCACCAUUCUGUGCCAAAAAUUUGUAUGCCUUACAGUUUGUUCAAUCCUAUUGUUUCGCGUUGCCUCUCCUGCAGCCUGUACAAAGUCUUCUCUCAGCAGAAAAAAUCUCAGAAUCUAACACUGUGAACAUUUGGGCACACCUUGCCUAUUCUUUUUCCUUACAAUCAGUGGCUUCUAUUAUCAGCUGUUUGCUUGGAACUGAAAUGUCCAAAAAUUAUCUACAUCUGCAUAUCUACUUAUAAGCAGAAAUAUCACUGCAUCACAUCUGUUUCACUUAAAAACAGCAUUGUGAUAAAUUCUAUAAAUAGCAUUAUUAUACAGCCUGAUUAUACAGUAUAAAAUUAACAUUUCUAUCUAACAAAAUAAAUACUUAGUGGGGUAAAAAUUAAGUGUUUUGAAUUAUUUGAGCUUGGAGGCAUGAGCUCUAAGGUUUUUAUUAAGUAAUUUAAUAAAGGGUACAAUUUCGUUUGGGUAUUCAGCAAAGUAACUCUCCCAUCUGAAGCAACUAUUCUGUGCUACUGUAGGUUAACAAAACACACAGAAUGUAAGGAAUUGUCGCCGGACAGCGAGCAGUGGUGGGGAUGGGGGAGUAUAAUACAGAAGUGUUGCCACAGAAGCCCUGUAAAGUGUCAAGAAAGUUUAAUGCCACCAAGAAAUUUGAACUUAGGUGCUAAAUUGGUGUUCAUUGUGGAAAAAGAAAAAUGAAAAUAAAGAAGGGCACGUUUUGCAUUAUACAAGUAUAGACUGGAAAAUGGAAAGUCUAGAUUUAAAGCUUCCUUCUACUUUCAAAACUGUAUGAUUCAUGUUUUUUAACAGAUUAAUAUUUAUUUUUGUUACAACUGUUAAUGGGCUGUUGCCUUUUGUGUUUAGGUCUUUUGAAGAUCCUUAUCAAAGUGAUCAGCAUGGGAAUGAAGAUAGUCACACACAUGAGACCGUAGAUGACACUCAUUCUAAGAAACCUUAUUCUUUUGUUGGACUUAUCUACCCAAACCUUAUACAAGAAUACUGUGAGUAGAAGUGUGAGUUUUUACAAAAUAUUACCUUUCACAUUUAAAAAGAGGCUGCUUUUAAAAUUGCCAUUCUUUUAAUACCGUUAUCUACAGUGCACUAAGUAAGGCUGACUGUCCCAGUGUGCGUUGCUGUCAAGAACUACAAGUGCUGUGCAUUAGCUUCUCUACAAUUUGUGUACUCAGCAGGUUUAGAAGCCGUACUUUCUAUUCGUUUUUGAACUAAGCUUUAAGGAUUCAGUUCAAGUUCAUAGCAAACCUUGCCGGCGUAACAGGCGCUUUAUGAGCGAAGCAAGGCAAACGCGGCAUUUUGCGCGAAGCGCGAAGUGUGAGACGAGGGGAGAAGAAAAAAUAAAGCGCCUGUAACCAGUCCAUUCUGGCUCUUCCGCCCACCUACGCGCACAAAUAUUGACUGACGGCGUUGAUGUCAAAAGGACCGAUGAAGACGAGUUCCAUUAUUGGAAAAUUGUCACAGGCGCUUUUUUUCCUCCUCUCCUCGUCUCGCGCUUCGCACAAAAUGCCGUGUUCGCGUCGCUUGACUCAUAAAGCGCCUGUUAUGCAGGCUAAAGGAAACCUCGCAAUUCCAUUGACCUGUAGGUGCGAAUGUCAUGGCAUUUUUCGAAGUGGCAUGUAAAUCAGUUGGUACAGAAUGAUGUAGAAUCCCUAUAAAUUACUUUGACUGUCAUUGGCUGACUUUUGAUCACGUGGCCUGGUGGGUAGUGUUUCAGUUUUCAGUAGGUCUCCUAGUCGUAAGAACGUCAGCGUGGGAGGCAACCAUUAGGUUUACUGAUCGUUAUGUGUUUGUCAUUCUGUUUUUCAGAUGCAGACUCCUUAAUAAUAACGCCAAAGGCCUAUAGAAGCUAGUCAAGAUCGUCCCAUUGGUCGUUAACCAAAGACUAAGACAUUAUUCCUUCGAAUUCCUCCAAUCACAGAACACGGCAAUCAAUACAGCGAAGCAAUCAGAACAAAGAAGGAAGUUCAAAAGGCGCAACGCGGGAAAACGCCUGCUUUUGAUUGGUUGAGAAGAAAUAGCGCAAAUGUUAAGCCAAUCAUCAGUAUUAAUGUCGUUCCAAUAUUCGUUUCCACCAUCAUCAUCUGAUGUUUUUCACGGCCACCUCUCCACAAUGGCCACUUUCUUCUGUCCCCAGUGUGGCCGUUGUGCAGUGGUUCAAUUGUAGUUGAAAACUGAAGAGGACCGGCUGGAACUGAAAUUCGUGGCGAAGUACUUUGUGUUGA